AUGACAAUGAGUUUCCAAAACUACGACCAGUUCCAGGGCCAGCCCUCUGGCGAGCAGUCCAACGGCGGCGCCCCUCAGCAAGAUCUUGGCCAGGCCAUGGACACGUCUGGCAACGGCUUCCCGCCCCAGGGCAGCAUGGGCCCAGGCAGCGUUGGCCCCGACGGCCAGGGCCAGAGCGCCGGCAAGACCACUCUCUGGAUGGGCGAGCUCGAGCCCUGGAUCGACGAGAACUUCGUGCGCAGCAUCUGGUACAACAUGGGCGAGACCGUCAACGUCAAGAUGAUCCGAGACAAGUUCUCCGGCAAUGCUGGAUAUUGCUUCGUUGACUUCACCAGCGCCGAGGCUGCGGCCAAGGCGCUGUCCCUCAAUGGCCAGCUGAUCCCGAACUCCAACCGCCCCUUCAAGCUCAACUGGGCCUCUGGUGGUGGUCUCGCUGAUCGCAGCCGCGACGAGCGUGGCCCCGAAUACAGCAUCUUCGUCGGUGACUUGGGCCCCGAGGUCACCGAGUUCGUCCUUGUCCAGCUGUUCCAGAACAAGUACCCGUCCACCAAGUCUGCCAAGAUCAUGUCGGACCCCAUCAGCGGAAUGUCGCGCGGCUACGGCUUCGUUCGCUUCGCCAACGAGGAGGACCAGCAGAAGGCCCUGACGGAGAUGCAAGGCGUCUACUGCGGCAACCGCCCCAUGCGAAUCAGCACGGCGACCCCCAAGAACAAGAGCGGCGGUCCCGGCGGCCCCGGCGGAAUGGGUGGCAUGCCUCAGCAAGGUGGCGGCCCCAGCGCUAUGGGCAUGUACUCAAUGGGCGCACCCCCUAUGGGCUACUACGGCGCUCCUCAGCCUAUGAACCAGUUCACCGACCCCAACAACACGACCGUCUUCGUUGGUGGCCUGUCUGGCUACGUCACCGAGGACGAGCUCAGGUCGUUCUUCCAGGGCUUUGGCGAGAUCACGUACGUCAAGAUCCCACCUGGCAAGGGCUGCGGCUUCGUCCAAUUCGUGCAGCGCCACGCUGCCGAGAUGGCCAUCAACCAGAUGCAGGGCUACCCCAUUGGCAACUCUCGUGUGCGCCUUAGCUGGGGCCGCUCCCAGAACAACUCCGGUCCCGCUGGCACUCCCUACCGCCCAGCUCCUCCCCCACCAGUCUUCGGCGGCCCCGGUAUGGGUAUGCCCCCGCAGCACCCAUACGGGGGUGGCUAUCCCCAAAUGAAGGAAAUUUUUCUCUCUCUCUCUUGCUUGCACAGCUCUUCAGCUACGAUUCCUCCCAUUGGCUUACUGCAAUGA